AUGCCUUCUCAAGCUGCCCUCCUCAUUGGAGGCAUCACCCACGCGCGCAAGGAGUGGGAGGCUCUGUCUUCUAUUUUGACGCUGAAGGAAUUCCCCAGUGGCACCCGUGAAGAAUUUAUCCAGAACUGCAAGUCAGGACUGUACGACGACGUGGUCGCAAUUUACCGCUCCAAUACUUCCAACAAGUAUACUGGCAACUUUAACGACGAAUUGCUCUCGGUGCUGCCAAAGUCGGUUCGCUACAUCUGCCAUAAUGGCGCUGGUUAUGAUAAUCUGGACAUUCCCGGUUGCACUAAGAGGAAUAUUGCUGUUUCCAGCACGCCCGUGGCUGUAAAUAACGCUACUGCCGAUGUUGGCAUCUUCCUGAUGAUCGGUGCUCUGCGCCAAGCUUACGUGCCUAUUGCUGCUAUUCGUGCUGAAUCUGCGACAGGUACGUGGCAAGGCGAGACUACCAUUGGCCAUGAUCCCCAGGGCAAGGUCCUCGGUAUCCUGGGUAUGGGUGGCAUUGGACGGGAAAUGGCUACUCGGGCCAAGGCCUUUGGCAUGAAGAUCCAAUACCACAACCGCACUCGUCUCCCCGCCGAACUCGAAGCCGGCGCCACCUAUGUCUCCUUCGACGAGCUCCUCGCCAACUCGGACGUCUUCAGUCUGAACCUGGCACUGAACCCUUCCACCCGACACAUUAUCGGCGCCACCGAGUUCAGCAAGAUGAAGGAUGGUGUAGUUAUUGUCAACACCGCGCGUGGUGCGUUGAUCGAUGAGAAUGCGCUGGUCGCUGCUCUGGAUUCCGGCAAGGUGCGCUCUGCUGGUCUGGACGUGUACGAGGAAGAGCCCAAGGUUCACGCCGGUUUGUUGAGUAACCCCCGGGUUAUGCUGCUGCCGCACAUUGGUACGAAUACCUACGAGACACAGAAGGAGAUGGAGAUUUUGGUGUUGGAUAACUUGAAGUUGGGAGUUGAAAAGGGAGAGUUGAUUACACAGGUGCCCGAGCAGAAGCGAUAG